CUUUAAAAGAGAGACAGCGGCACCGCGCCAGUCCCACGCGGGCCCCCUAUUUUUACGUUAAAAGACAUAUGUAGCGGGUCCGCAUCAGUCUGAUGUGAAUUCGCUCUCCUUCCCCCACAAAAACACAAUAUUUGUGUCAAUUAAUUUAAAACCACCAUAUUGGUGGUAAAUAAAAAAAUUAACAAUAUUUUGGGAAUUUACCUCAUUAGUUAGUGCACGAAAUAACAUUUCAGAUGAAAUAACAUUUAAAGUUAUAAUUUAUGGUGACUUCUACAGUGCCCAUGGAAAAAUUCGGGGUACGGGUACCUUGGCCGAUCUUAACCAUUCAUUCUCAAUCUCCAUGACUCGCAUUUGUUGAACUUAACUGCCCCACUUAAUAACUAAACAAAUUACAAAAAAACCUCCUUACGGGUUAAGAUUGUUUUCAUUCUAGUGCAACUAACUGCCUCCGAUUAAAUUAAAUGGAUUAAGACUGCAAACCCAAUUGGGUAGACCCACUGCCGCCCUAACCAAUUUAGUCUCCCUAACCAAUUACACGAUCCCUCACUCGUCUUGGAUGAGACGCCCCUUCACAGUAAGAAGAUUUGAACCCCAAAUCUAUGUAUCCACAUUCGAAGAGAAGAUCCCCAUUCAAUAUGAAAUCCCCACAUAAUCAUCGUUUUGAACCACAAAUCCUUGUAUCCACAAUCGACGUUUUGCUCUUCGCCAUGUUAUUUCCGGCCAGAAUUUACUCACCUAUCUCUUUCUAACACGAUUACGGCGACCAUGUCUAUUAUUGUGUUCAUCAAACUUUUCAUUUUGCUAACCCUAGGGUUCAUGUUGUUAGUGCUUUGCCAUCUUGUCUUAGCAGUUAGCAUUAUUGGAACUGCUUAGAACAAAACUGAAGAUGAAAUAAGCAACACAUUCUUCGACCUAAUUGAGGAAGAAGAUGAAGAAGAAAUUUUUUGAUUCGAAUCGGAUGGAGAGGUCGCCUUAACUUGUGUUUAUGUAUUAACGGUGCGUUUAGGACUAAUUCUAGUUGGACUGGGAUCCGUAUUAUUUCUGGGUCUAAUCAUUGAUUUUUGCAAGCUUUUAAAUAACAUUCACAAGUGGGCUUGUACAUGAUCCGUGGAAUAUUCAAAAGUGGGCCUGGAACGUGCGAGCCAUUUCAUUUCUCAUGCCGUAUCAUCUGUUUGUUCGCCCUCGAAGAAGUUACGAACCCUACGAGGCUACUAUCAUUGAUUCAUGCGCCAACCCUAGUUUAACUAUCAUGACUUACCGUAGUUUAACCUACACGAGUUACCAUCAUAAUUACAUAUCUUAUGUAAUCUUCUUGACUCUUGACAAUCCACUUACCUCCACGGUCCAUAGUCCACCGUCUCCAUCACCCUCACGUCUCCUCCGCCCAUGAUCACUUUUUCUUUCCCCACUUAUCUCUCCAUCGUACACCUAGUUUAUCUCUCUCUUCAGUCUUCACCUUCCCCCACUUAAUUCUUCCCUACAAUCUGAAAUCUAGUAAUGGCAAAGAACAGUCGAUCAUUUGCGGAGAUGGGGAUACUUUCUUUAUCCAACGACGACUGCCGAUCCACCUCUAUUCUUGGUGACUAUCUCUCAUUUUCAAGCAAAACCACCAUUUUCGCCAAGUACGAGUUCAUCCACCUCAUUCCUUUCCCUCCCGAAGUGAAGACAUUAAUAAAAAAAUCUAGGUUGGGAAAAUUUCUUCCUUCUCCGGAGUCGAGGAAACACAAGUUACUGCCCACAUGUCAUGAGGAAGUUCUACCACAAUCUUGAGCUUUCUGGUCCCUCAGACUCUCAUCUGGUGUCGAUCUUCCUCAGACAUAGAGUCUUCUUUCAGUCUCAUCAAUUUGCUGAGAUCCUUGAUCUUCCCGCAGGAGGAUACCCCAUUACGAGCAGAAGCGAUCUUGCGCGGCUUCACUAUUUUGAGUUUGAAGUUGAACUGUCGAAACUCACGACGGGCCGCAUCGAUGCUUCUUUCCUCCCAGAUCCUCUUUGAUUUCUGCACUGGUUGAUCGUCAACUGCUUCCUUCUAAGGUACCAUGGUCAUUCGAUUAUUCGUAAACUUGACUUGGUUAUCAUUGUGCAAGCUCAGAGAGGUGUUCCUGUUAACCUCGCAUCUCUAAUGUGCCUGAACAUGGUCGAAGCUGCUCCCAAAGGGGAAAACUGGUAUACUGCCUUUCCCUAUGCCACAUUUGUCACCACCUUUCUUGAAAGGGUUGGGAUGGAUAUGAGCAUUUAUGUUAGGGAGGACCGUUCUGCUUAUUUGCCGGUGUACCGCAUAACCGAAUUGACUAAUAGUUUUCUUGAGAAUCCGCAUACGGAGCAGCAGCAGACCCCUAAGGCCUCCUCAAGAAAACGUCCUCGGCUUGCAUGAGAGUCGAUUGAUGCAAGGCCGGGUGGAGCGUUGGAGCAGCAAAGGGGCCAACAAUGGAUGUCUUUUGUUAUCAAGUUUAUUAAGUCUUUGUUGGUUUUUUGUCAAUCAUUUGUCUUUUCCUUUAUUCUCCAUCACUCAAAACUGUCAGGUAUUGAGGGGAGCAGUACAUAUCUAACUCGAAAAGUCUCCUAUUUUAAUUUGUGUAAUGUCUAGACCUGGAAUUUUCAAUGCACGCAGUAUUUUCUGAAUUUGUCAUGGCUAGGAUGCAUAAGACAGGUGACGAGAUGCAGUAAUGCAUAGGGGGAGAUUUUAAUCCACUUUGGUUCUAAGCAGUUCCAAUUAGGUCGAAGAAUGUGUUGCUUAUUUCAUCUUCAAUUUUUCAUGGUUUUCGAAAAUUAUGGUUUUUAUUUAUAUUUGGUCACAAGUAUAGUGAUGAUAGGCUUGAAUAGUAUGGAUUUUAAAUGGCUUGAUUAUAAUGAAUUUUGAUCUAUGGAGAUAUUUUUCCCCCCUUUUUCAUCAAGACUAUCAUGCUUCUUUUAUUCCCCCGUUGAAUCUAUCAUGCUUUGUUUACAGUAAAUAUAACCUUUUAAUUAUACACAAUAAAGAAUUCAUUAAUUAUGUAAGCCUUUUUAUUGUAUUUAUUAAUACAAUGGUUGAAUUCUCUCACUAAAAGGGGAGUUAAUACAUCGUUGGUGGAAUUUGAAUGAAUGGGAAGCCUUUCCAUAUCCUAGUAACAUUAAAUUAAUUACCUAAGAAUUUUCCAUCUGCCUUCUACGAGUUUUCGUCAUUAAAAUAUAAUGAUUGGGAGCCAAUCAAUUUUACUUUUUGGGUUAACCAAACAUCAAAUUUAAUUAGACGAGGGCAAUUGGGAACGAAGUGGAACCGAGUAAGAGGAAGAGACAUUGGUUUUGAAUUUUGUUAGUUUGUAUAAAACAUUAUUAAAUGAGUUUCUGGUUGUUAUAUAGAGAAUAUAAAGUUUUCUACAUUAAAUUAUUCUGAUUAUUGGGUUUUUGUUAUUAAUCCAUGCUGAUUGGGAGCCAUUAGUUUUACUUUUUGGGUUAAACAGACAUCAAUGCAUUGUUAAUUGGAGAAAACAAAAGUCCCCAAAACACACUUGCCUACUUGGCAUAGGGGUUUAAAAGCAAACUCCUCCUUUACGGAAAAAAUCAUAGUUUCCACGAAAAAACAAAUAUAGAAAGCAUUCAAUAAACAAAAAAUGGUUGUCCAUCAAAACAGAUAUAGAAAGCAUUCACCAAACCAAAAAAGGUUGUCCAUCAAAACAAAUAUAGAAGUCAUUCACCAAACCGAAAAUGGUUGUCCAUCAUCUUAAAUAAAAAAAAUAAUAAAAUGGUUGUCCAUCAUCUUGAAAAACAAAGCAAAAUCAGGUUGUCCUUGGUCUCUUUGACUGGGUUUCCUUGUGCUCUUCUCUUUCAUUUUUCCUCCUUUCAUGGGCUUUCUUGUACUCUUGGACUGCAGCUUCAAGUUGAGGUGCAACUGUUCUUGCUUCCGUGAGCACUGUAUGCCUUAUGUAGUUCAUGGGCUCUCCAACAAGGUACAACACGAUCUGCAUCCUCCUCACUUGAGUGCAUGGCUAUCAACAUCAACAACCAUGGUGCUUAACGCAUGAUUCAAAAUUAACAAACAAGUGUGGUUUUCAAAUAUAGGCGUGCUAGAAUUGUCUUUACCCAAAUAUAAGAGGAGUCCCAGCUUGCUCCAUACAUCCACAUGCAAACCCAGACUCUACUGUCAGACCUACAUAAAAUGAAAGCAUUGCAUGAUAAACAAGUUGAUAAGCCGUUGUUUAAUAUCACACAAAAUGGACAUACUUACUGAUGUAGUUGUUCUUGAUCCUCUGAAGGAUUUGUUUACGAAAACUCCGCAAUCCUUGGUGGCAACAGACCCGGAUAAAGUUCACGAUAGAGAGUCUUCCACAAGGCUUGCAUAAAUCCCAUCUGUACAAAUUAAGAAACAUAUGUAUUGAGAAAGAGGUAUUUACAUUUUUUUACGUUAUAACGGCUCAAUGUCACACAUUUACCAUUGUCUGAACUGCUUGUAGUCGAAAAGAAUUGCGGUCUUCUGUUGGUUGUGGAUCCAAGAUAUGGACUUCUUCCUUAUCCAACUUAAUGAAAGCCAAGUACCAGUGGGCAUUAUCCCUCAUCGGAACACACACACCUACAUAUGCGGAAAUUGUCAACACGUAUUAAAAAAAUAAAUUGCAAACCAUGUAAUACUUAUUAAAAAUCCAGAGGAGGCCCGUACAGAGUAGAGCAACACGAACAGUUUACCUUGUUUGCCAUAUUGGCUCGACUAAGGAAUUUGGAUUCGUAUAGGUCUAAUGCCCUCUUGGGUGUUAUUCCACAUGAAAUCACUAGUUCCUGCCCAUGUGGUAGUUGCACAAUUGAAAUUUUGUCAACAUAAUAUCAUUCAUGUAAAAAAAUAUGUUUUUUAUUUGUUUGCUAACAUGAAAUUACUCUUAAGCAAAAUCGGCCCACAUGCCUGUAGUUCAGCAGGCUAUCACACACUCUUUUUCAGUCCUUAGAAUUUUCCCACAACUCUUCUAGAGUCAAGUGACAUGCCACCGCUGUUAUAACCUAAUAUAACAUGGACAAAAAC